ACGUGACUGAGGAUCCCUUUUCCGGGAUCACAACACAGCAGUUCACGCCCACCAAAUUACAGCGCAGCUGCCUUCAUGUUUGCUUCGACAUAAGUCUCCAUCGGUGAGUCAGGAUCCAGUCUGAGCCGCCUGCCCUGUGCACUCUACAGGAACGAGUUUACAUCAUGUCUAAGGGAGCAAACCGCGGGGCGGAGUUCGAGGUGCCGAUGGAUGCGUCGAUCAUCCGGAUCCCGCCACAUCACUACAUCCACGUGCUGGACCAGAACACCAACAUCGCCCGGGUGGAGAUCGGACCGCUCACCUACAUCCGCCAGGACAAUGAAAGAGUUCUCUUUUCACCAGUACGUAUGAUCAUGGUGCCGCCACGUCACUACUGCGUGAUCGCCAACCCCGUGGCCCGCGAUGACGACAAGCAGGUCCUCUUCGACCAAUCAGGCCAGGCCAAGCUCCGCCACGCCGAUCUGGAGAUCCGUCUGACCCAGGACCCGUUCCCCUUGUACCCUGGAGAGGAGAUCCAGCAGGACGUGAGUCCGCUGCAGAUCGUCUAUCCAGACACGGCGCUUCGUCUUCAGGCCCUGCUGGACUUUGAGGAGGACGGAGGAGAGAAGAGAGUCGCUGGAGACGAGUGGCUGUUCGAAGGACCAGGGACGUUCAUCCCCAGGAAGGAAGUGGCCGUGCUGGAGACCAUCAAGGCCACCGUGAUCAGGGAGAACCAGGCCAUCAGAGUGAGAGCUCGCAAGGAAGGAGUGGACAGAGGAGGUGUCCAUCGGGUCACAGGUGAGGAGUGGCUGGUCAGUAAGGUGGGGGCGUACCUUCCAGGUGCCCAUGAAGAAGUCAUUGACAUCGUGAACGCCUUCAUCCUGACUGAUAAGAAAGCGCUUCAUGUUCGCGCCGUGCGGGCCUUCAAGGACGCCGGCGGGCGGGACCGUCGUACGGGCGAGGAGUGGCUCGUCACCAUGGCCGACAGGGAGGCUCACAUCCCGUCUGUAUCCGAGGAGGUGGUGGGGGUGGUGGAUGUGACCACUCUGAACAGCAGACAGUACUGUGUGAUCCUGGACCCGGUCGGACCUGACGGGAAACCUCAGCUGGGAAAGAAGAGGGUGGUGAAGGGCGAGCGCUCGUUCUUCCUGCAGCCGGGCGAGCGCCUCGAACAUGGCAUCCAGGACGUGUACGUCCUGUCGGAGGAGGAGGGUCUGGUGCUGAGAGCUGUGGAGGCCUUCGACGACACCGAGGAGCAUGAGGGGGAGGAGGACGAUGAAGAGGACGAGGAGCUGAGGCAGGAGAGGGCAAAGCGCUCGCGGAGGAGCGGCAUCCUCCGUCGCCCCGGAGACCGCUGGAUGCUCCGGGGUCCCAGCGAGUACGUCCCCCCCGCCACCGUAGAGGUGGUGCUGCGACGCCAGGCCAUCCCGUUGGACGAGAACGAGGGCAUCUACGUGAGAGACAUCAAAACAGGAAAAGUGCGAGCAGUCAUCGGUCACACCUACAUGCUCACUCAGGACGAGGAGCUGUGGCAGAAGGAGCUCCCGGCUAACGUGGAGGCCCUGCUGGCUUCUCCUUUGGACCCACUGGCUGACCGCUCCGACCGGACCAGGACCGGAGAGUCCAGGCCCAGGGACAAGACCAGGGUGGUCUCCUACAGGGUCCCCCACAACGCUGCCGUCCAGGUCUACGACUACAGAGAGAAGAAGGCCAGGGUGGUGUUUGGACCAGAGAUGGUGAUGUUGGGACCUGACGAGCAAUUCACCGUGCUGUCGCUGUCUGGAGACAAACCAAAGAGGGCCAACGUCAUCAAGGCAGUCUGCCUCCUGCUGGGACCCGACUUCUUCACCGACAUCAUCACCAUCGAGACGGCCGACCACGCCCGCCUGCAGCUGCAGCUCUCCUACAACUGGCACUUUGAUAUCAAGUCUCCGGCAGACUCUGCUGAGGCAGCAGCUCUGUUCUCCGUCCCAGACUUUGUCGGAGACGCCUGUAAAGCCAUCGCCUCCCGGGUCAGAGGAGCCGUCGCCUCCGUGCAGUUUGACGAUUUCCACAAGAACUCGAACCGGAUCAUCUGUUCAGCUGUGUUCGGCUUCGACGAGAAGCUGGUGGUUCGUCCCAGCCUUCGCUUCAGCCAGAACAACCUGGUGAUCAGCAGCGUGGACAUCCAGUCUGUGGAGCCCGUCGACCAGAGGACACGAGACGCCCUGCAGAAGAGCGUCCAGCUGGCCAUCGAGAUCACCACCAACUCCCAGGAGGCCGCAGCUCGGCACGAGGCGGAGCGUCUGGAGCAGGAGGCUCGGGGGAAGCUGGAGAGGCAGAGGAUCACCGACCAGGCCGAGGCCGAGAGAGCCAGGAAGGAGCUGCUGGAGCUGGAAGCUCUCAGUGCUGCGGUGGAGAGCACAGGAGCUGCCAAGGCUGAAGCUCAGUCUCGGGCGGAGGCGGCUCGUAUUCAGGGCGAAGCUGCGGUCAAUGAGGCCAAACUGAAGGCUGAAGCUCAGAGGAUUGAGGCGGAGGCGGAGCUCCAGCGGCUGGCGAAGGCUCGGGAGCAGGAGCUGAACUAUAAGAAGCAGAUGGACAACCUGGAGGUGGAGAAGCAGAAGAGUCUGGCUCAGAUCGAGAGCGAGCGCUUCAGUCAGCUGGUGGAGAGUCUGGGCAGCGACACGCUCAAGGAGAUGGCCAGAGCCGGGCCGGAGAUGCAGGUGAAACUGCUCCAGGCUCUGGGGCUGAAGUCCACCCUCAUCACCGACGGGUCAUCACCCAUCAACCUCUUCACCACAGCCAACGGCCUGCUGGGGGCGCUGCCGGGCCAGGGCCAGUGAGGAGGAGCAGGGGGUUGUGGGGGGGGAGCUGGUGGGGGGGAGAGAGCUGUGGUCAAAAGUAAACCUCGGCAGAAGCUCGUUUUUCUGACAGGCAGACACUUAGAUUAUGUGCCUUGUGUUGAUCUAAAGAUGCACUUCAGGGUUUCACCUCACUAACAAACAUCCAGGCACACAGCUUGUGCCGAUGCACACUAAUGAGCCGUCUCCAUAGCGACAGCAGCUGAGGCUCAUGGGUACUGUAGUGUUUAGAGCCGUCACCCAAACUGACAGAGAAAAGAACACAAUUUCUUAAAGCUUCAUCGAGUUUCAGUAAAGUUUAAUCUCUGGCAUCCACUCAUCGCUACAGCAGAAACUGAAGCUCUGACUGGCUGACGUACUGAAAUGCAUCUUGGGAGUUGUAGUGAACGUCUCUCCCC